AUGCCCGCAAAAUCAAAGAAGACCGCCGCUGCCCCGUUCCCUCAGCAGAGGGCAGGUGCCAACAAGAAGGCCAAGAACCCUCUCAUUGAGAAGCGUUCUCGCAACUUCGGUAUUGGCCAGGAUAUCCAGCCCCGUAGGAACCUUUCGCGUAUGGUGAAAUGGCCGGAGUAUGUUCUCCUCCAACGCCGUAAGAAGGUCUUGAACCUCCGUCUCAAGGUCCCACCUGCCAUUGCCCAGUUCCAGAAUGUUCUCGACAAGAACCUUGCUACUCAAACUCUGCGUCUUCUCAACAAGUACCGCCCUGAGACCAAGGCCGAAAAGAAGGAGCGUUUGGUCCAGGAAGCCGCAGCUAUCAAGGAUAGCAAGGACAAGGCUUCUUUCGUCGGCAAGAAGCCUUAUGUCGUGAAGUACGGUCUUAACCACGUUGUUGGUUUGAUCGAAAACAAGAAGGCCUCUUUGGUUCUUAUCCCCAACGACGUUGACCCCAUUGAAUUGGUCAUCUUCCUUCCCGCUCUUUGCAGGAAGAUGGGUGUUCCUUACGCCAUCAUCAAGGGCAAGGCCCGUCUCGGAACCGUUGUUCACAAGAAGACCGCCGCUGUUCUUGCGAUCACCGAAGUCCGUGCUGAGGACAAGGCCGAGCUCUCCAAGCUCAUCUCCGCCGUGAAGGAGGGCUACCUCGAGAAGUACGAGGAGCAGAAGAGGCACUGGGGAGGUGGUAUCAUGGGUGCUAAGGCCAACGCCAAGAUUGCCAAGAAGCAAAAGGCGUUGGAUGCUGCCAUCAAGAUCUAA